UCCGUUGCAGCUUCUCCAGUGCCGGCCGGCCAUGGCGCCUUCGGUGGCGGUGAUCGGCGCCGGCGUGAACGGUGUGGGGGCGGCGCUGGCCGUCCAGGAGGCCGUGCCCGAGGUCAAGGUCACGAUCGUCGCCGCCGAGCUGACGCCCGACACCACCGGCGACGGGUCGGCCGGCUUCUGGAGCCCGCGCUCCAUCGACGGCGACCCCGUGCAGAUCACCUCCUGGGGCCAGCGGACGCACGACUUCCUGCACCAGCUGUGGCUGGAUGGCCAGUGUCCGGGCGUCGGCGUCCUGCCCGGCUACGACGUGGCGGAUCAGCUGGAAGUGCCCUACUACAGCGCCGUCCCCUUCGCCUACGAGGUGAUGAGUGAGCGCGCGCUGCGUGAGGCGGGCCACGCCGGCAAGCAGGGCCACCAGUACGUCACCCUGUACGCCGAGCCGACCAAGAUGCUACCUUUCCUGAUGGAGCGCUUCCUCGCGCGCGGCGGGCGCGUGCUUCGCGCGAAAGUCGAGCGGCUCGAUCAGCUGGCCGGCUAUGACGUCAUCGUCAACUGCAGCGGGCUGGGCGCGCGUGACCUCGUCGGCGACGACAAGGUCAUGCCGGUGCGCGGCCAGGUGGUCAAGGCGGCGGCGCCGGCCGUCAAGGCGGCCAAGUUCGACUUCCCGGCCACGUACGUGAUUCCCAACGAUGACGUCGUGGUGCUGGGCGGCACGGCGCAGCGCGGCGACUGGCGGCGCCAGGUGGACCCGGCCGACACGGAGCGCAUCCUGGCCGGCUGCCGGCGCUGGAUCCCGAGCCUGGGCGCGGCACUGACCCAGCGCGUCUGGGCCGGGCUGCGGCCGUACCGGCGCGGCGGCGUCAGGCUGGAGACGGAGCGGCGCGCCGUGGCCGGCCGCCUCGUGCCCGUGGUGCACAACUACGGCCACGGUGGCUCGGGCGUCACCCUCUUCUGGGGCUGCGCGCUGGAUGUGGCGGAGCUGGUCAGACGGGAGGUGGCGGGUGAGGCGCGGGCCAGCAGCAAGCUGUAGUCGCCCGGCGGUGACCACGGGCUGAGGGCUCAGCAGGGAGGGACCGCUAAUACUGCUGCUGGCAUUCAGUACCGUAAACGGCCAGAGCCAACAGAGGUGGGAAAGAAGCGGGCCUCCCAAGCAAGUUUGAGGCUGUGUAUUAUUAAAAGGACAGCAAUUUAUCUGUUUCGGUCCCAAGUAUCCAGGGGAAAAGGGCAGGUGGGACAUUUCCCCAAUCUUCAUGAACGUGGGUGGACUGGCACGCAUUGCUCCUGAGCAGUGACGCGGCGACGCUGCGACAAUCAGUGCGUUUGUGUCGUUGGUGCAAUACAAAGUGUAUUCGGUUCA